UACUGUUGCUUGAGUAAAAUUGCGGACGUUCGGGUGGUACAAUGUGAUGAAAAAUAAACGCAGUUGUAUACUGUACAAACUCUCCACAGGAUGUUGAACACAAGGGGGGUUUCUCGAUCACGACGAGAGCCGUCAGCAGAAAUGGGGUGACAACAUUACAGGAAGUCUAACGACAGAGGUAUUUGUGGCCUGCUGCCUCACACGCCAGACGCAAACAGAACAGCAUGGAAACGCUUGUUUUCUUAUUUCCUCAAAUUAACUUCAUGGCCAAGAAGGAGGAAGCAUAUUUCAAAAGGCUUGGCACACAAGACAGGCAAGAGCCAGCAAUGAAGUCCGAUAGCAGCAGACAGCAAAACGAGGAGCGGAAGGGCCGACCGAGUCUCACCAGGUCUGGCUCUCACGAAAAUGUCACUCAGCAGAGAAAGACAACAUCCAGCAACAUCUCGGCAGAGACAGCCCUGCGAUGGAGCAACUCCUUUGAAGAACUGAUGAGAAGUGCAGACGGGGUGGAAACUUUCUCCCAGUUCCUCCGCACUGAGUUCAGUGAGGAAAACUUAGAGUUCUGGCUGGCGUGUGAAGAAUUCAAGACCUCCGACUCUGACAAGAAACUGCUGUCCAAGGCCAAACAUAUUUAUACUGUUUUCAUUGAGUCGGAUGCACCUAAAGAGGUCAACAUUGACUACAGCACCAAGAUGGCCAUCCGGACGAAUUUAGCGCAGCCCACCAGGAGCUGUUUCGAAGCCGCCCAGAUGAAAGUCUACAGCCUGAUGAAAAAAGACUCCUAUCCCAGAUUCCUGCACUGGGACCUUUAUUUGCACCUCAGCGGCAGGAGACGACCAGGAGUCCCAAUGUUUCGCAGAAGGUCACGCUCCUGCGUGUUCAACGAGCGAGGCAGCGGCGCUGCCGAGCCUUCGCCCUGGUAGCAAUAACAUUCCGGACAUAGCCGCUCACUCGUAAAAACGAUUAUUAUAUCGUGAUAAUCAGUGGCGAGCUGUAGAAUUUUAAUUGCAUAAUUUGUGUUUGAGAUGGUAAUCAUCCAAUGUGUCGGCGGAAUGAAUCAUUUUCUUUUACAAUCACAGCGGAUUAUUCAACCAAUAUUGGAGCCUGGCGGCAAGCCAUUGAUCCGCACGCAUAGGGGAUCUUUUGAGGAAUACGCCAAUUUAAUAAGGUACUACGACUUUCGAUGUAUGUAUUAAUGUACCGCCGGCCCUCAUCUGUUUAGCAAAUAAGAUCGUAAGCCUCACUAAAGCCAUCACUGGAUGAUAUUUCACCUCAUAAAUCUAUUCUAGAUUAGGAUUUUUUUUUUUUUUGACACAGAAUUUACAUGUCAACAUGACAUAUAUUGCACAUGAAAUCGAAGUACAAAAAUGUACUUAAAUGUUUGAAAACAAACAUUCCUAAAUGAUUGAAUGCAAAUCUAUUGUACUUUAAGUUAAAUACAACUGAACUGUACUUAACUGCAUUGGAUUAAAAAAAAAAAAAAAAAAAAAAAAAGAAAAGUCGAAUUCACUGCACUAGCACAAAUUGGACAUUUAAUUCCAUGAUUCUUGCACACACACCACUAGAGGGAGCCUGCGCGCCUGAUAUAGCGUACACAGUAUGUUACUCAUUGUGGUUCUCGGUUGAAGUGAUGGAUAAAAAGGACACAAAAUACACCCGACAGGAGGUAACAAACCAGUGCAUCACCGCUGCAAUUUGUGUACAGAACACAGACGUACAGUAGUAUCAAAUGAUUAUCCUUACACCAAUACCAUAUCCUAUAUAGCUAGUGGUAACAUUCCAUACUAUGUAUUUUUUUUUUUUUCAAAUAUGCGUUCCAUAUAAAGUAGGAUCUUUGAAAAUGUUUUAACGUGAACUAUACAGUACUGUCUUAUGAAUGGUUUAAGAACAAAAUAUAAGACCGCGUUGCUUAAAGCUGAGUUUGAGUUUUUUGAACGUUUGGAAAUGAUUAAAAAAAAUGAAAUGUAACAAACACUGGCAUGCUUUAUUUUUCUCAUCCGGCUGGUGAGGAACUGGCGAGGAACAGUUGUUUUCGAAGAAAGGGUUUUUGCACAUUUCAAAGCCGUGAACUCCAAAUUGAAGGACUAGAGUACCUGGCGUUGCAUCCAGCGAGUUGUGGACGUGCUCUUGCCAAUUGCAAAGUGCACUGACCAUACCGAUAGCUGCUAUUGUAGAAGAUUACAGCAUAAAGACUGCUUCAGAGCAAGGCUCUUUGUUUGUUCCUUUAUUUUUUAAAAGCCACUUGACACACUCGUGUGGAUGGGAACAUUACAUCCGCGUUGCUUGUACGUGAUACAAUGUGUCCAGCCUGCUGGUCUCCAUCUUUUCUGCUGAAUUCAUAUUUGCUACAUUUCUAGUGAUUUGUCUUCCUCUGGCAACAGCACCCUAUGCAACUUUCAUACAUUUGAUAUGAGUUCCACGCUCAUUUGACCGUAUCGUAACAAAAUGAUUCAUUAUCUUAUCCCUCCCGGUGACCAACUGUCUCCAAACUGACUUGAAGUGAAAGGUCUGCAUCCAUGGCGACUCGAAACGUCUUAAUGAGACAUUUCGAUACGUUUGCUUGCGUCGACAUACUGUAUAUCCCAUUAUCAGUCAAAGAAUAUGUGUGCUUGCCAUGUAAUGCCGAUUUGCGUUUUGAUUGAUUAAUGAUCGGCUGUUUCUGUUGGGACCCAUUCCAUAUACAAACGUUACUUACAAUGUUUUGCCUCCCUGUUGUCAAAUGUAAGACACUCUCCA